AUGUCCGAUUACGAGCGAACAAUCCUCGAAUUCUACCAGCUCCCCACCUCAUACCCCUCCGAAUGGCCUGCGGAGAAAGAUGACGACUCCUCCGGGGACGAAGCUGACACGAAGAAGCACAGCCGGCAAAAGUCGCGAUAUCAGGCCCUCGAGGCGGCCGCGGGCGAUGGCAAGGCCGCGGUGGGAAAAGGAGCUGCCAACAACCAUGUUUUGAAGGAUGAACCAGACCCCCUAGGCACCACAGAUAGUGUCGUCCGUUCGCUGAGAGAAAUUGGACUCCCGGCACAGGAUGACGUGCGACUUCGCAACCGAUUCAUGCUGUCCUCGACUACCUUUUCGCCAACCCUGUUCUUGUCACAGAUACACCAGCACGCUGACACGCGCACGUUACUCGAGGGCUUGGAUACGCUUUCGCAGUCAAUCGAUCAAAAGUCAGCCUCCCUCAAGGUUCUCGUGGAGAGCAACUUUGAAAGAUUCGUCAAGGCAAAGGCAACUAUAGACAAUGUUUAUAAGGAGAUGAAGGCUGGCCUAAACAACCCCUUGGCCUUGUCGUCCGACUCUCGAAAGAAGAACGCGCUGAUAAAAGAGAGUGAAUAUGGUGUUUUGGGCAUCAAAGUUCCCCUGCUGGACGUUUCUGCCAAAGCUGAAGAUGUGUGGGGACCAGCUCUAGGAGGUCGAGAAAAGGAGGAACACUUGAGAUCGUUUCAGAGAUACGUACAACAGUUCAAAGAUCCACUGGAGCUGAGCACCAUAAUAUCCGACUGCAUCAAGAGGAAAGACUACGAGACCUUGGUCGAGGCAUACAACCGCGCCAGGAAGUUUGCCGACGAUGCGCGCGAAGUAUCAAAGUACAUUGACCGCCAAAUGCCAGAAGAUGACCAGCUCUACCAGAUCAUGGUUGCGGCCCGGGUAUGGUAUGACGUUGAUCGCCAAAUCCAAAGCUUCAAACGGGAUGCAUGGAAGAGAUUGUCUACCUUGCAUACACUGUCGAAAUCCGAGAGUCAUGUUGGCCGAGGUCCAGACCAGCACAUGGACAUGAUUUCCCUGCUGCUGGAGCUUGGCGUCGAAGAUAAUCCAAUAUGGGUGUGGCUAAUGAGUCGAUACGAGUACCUCAAAACCAAGAUUCAGUCAACCGCCGAGCACACAAAGGCCGAAAUUGAGGUGCUUCGCCGAAGGCUGAGCAUCGACAGCAAACCAACAUCGAGCGAUUCCGCAGACGUCAUUGAGUUGUGGGAGAAGAUGCUUGCUUUUCUGACCGGCCUCAUCUCCCCUCAGGGCAUUCUUGGGGACCUCCUCGAAUUUUGGCAGACUGCACAAGGCUUUAUUGAAGGCAGAAUACAAAGGACGCUACCAACGGGCUACAAUGACGAAUCUCAGGGACACCACCAGCUGACACAAAAAAAUGUUACGGACCUUGAGAAGGGCAUCGUGGAACUCGUAGAUUUGCUGCGUGGACACGUACAUGACUUCUUUGCCGGAUUGCCCCCUGAAGAUCUUAGUGUGGUCUUCUCGCCGCUUCCUGUCUCACCCAACUCACCCGCCUCAGCUGGCGGUUUUGGCCAUUCCCUGAGCCCAACUUCCACCCGCGAUCCUCGAUUCAAUUUUGACCCGAAUAACCCGCCACCGUCCUCCCCCAAGAAGGGUGAGCCGUGGGAAAAGCUAGCGUUUUGGCCUCCUUGGUCGAAUUCCAUCAGCGGAGUGUACUAUCUCUGCAGGAUGCUAGCACUGGUCGGCUCAGGUGCCUCUGACCUUGCCACCAUUGAUCCUAUUCGUUCGGGAAAUGGCCAAGUUCUUGAGCAGCUGAAGGCAUUGACUGGUGUAUCCAGAGAGCGUUGCGUCACGGCUCUGUGCGCUGCGUGGAACCGGGACGCCGAGAACAUCAAGUUCAUAGAAGAUUGGCUACCGUCUGCCGAGUCUGGAGAUGUUACGCGGAUGCCUGCCAGCUUUGCCGCAUUCGAGGGUGCUCUUCUCACCGGCAUGCAGAAGAUUCUCUACAUCUCUGAGGCCAUGUCGAAGCCAGGUGCUGGUGACAUUGUCUUGCCGCCGCCGGCCAAGCUGCUCCAGAUGGUUCGGAGUCAGUAUGUAACCACCUUGUACAAGGCUCUCAGCGGCAUGGUGGAGAAUGCAGAGCGAUCAGUCAAGAAGACAGAAGACGAAUGGUCUAUUGGUCAGGAUGGGGUCAUCUCCAGCGUUGCUGCAUCGUCAGUGGGCAAGAGUACUCUUGAUGCUGGAGACCGAAACGUCCGAAUGCUCCUUACCCUGAGCAAUCUGCAGGCCCUACGGUCUCAAGUAGUCCCCAACCUGAACUCGCAGUUUGAAAAUGCAUUUUCCGUCAAGCUCACGGAUGAGUCCAAGACUAUCAAGGAUGUGCUCGGCCAAAUCGAUGCUCGCCUCUUCCAAUCCUACACUAAACAAGCUACUGAGAAGCUGCGUGAAAUCAUCCACUCUGGCCUCGCGGACCAUGAUUGGGCACCAGCGCAAGGCGAACGGCCUCAGACGGCGAAGCCAUACGUAUAUGAGACGCUUCUGACUCUUGUGCUCGUCCACUCCCAGGUUUCCACUACGGCUGCCUCACUUACGCCUCAGGUUCUUUCGUUCUUGCUUGAGCAGACGUCUUUGCAGCUGUUGGAUGCGUUCCGCAAACGCGCUCGCUAUUCUCUCAGUGCUCUUAUCCAGGCUACACUCGACGUUGAGUUUAUUGCUCAGACGCUGAGCCAUUAUACCACCGACAAGGCUUCGGAGCUACAGAGCCAGAUUUACCAGGAGCUGGACAGCCGUACGGACAAUGACGCCCGCGCAAGGCUGCAGAAUGAGCUUCCUGAGAUGCGUAACGUGCUCAAGAAGCUCAGGGAGGCAAGCAAGAACGAAUUCGCUUGCUUUAGGAAGCCGAAGCGCUCGGGGCAGGGCGUUUCGAGGGUGGAUAGCGGGAGCAUGUCGCCGACCUAG